GGUGACACCCUUUUCCCUUUGGUUUCCCACAUCCGCGUGCCCUCUUAUUAUACUUCCGCUGAAGCGCUUGUAUAGCCCUCUUCUACCAGCCCGAUUCAACAUGGGACGAGUCAGGACCAAGACGGUGAAAAAAGCCGCCCGGGUCAUCAUUGAGAAGUACUACACCCGGCUGGGAAAUGACUUCCACACCAACAAGAGGGUGUGCGAAGAGAUCGCUAUCAUCCCCAGCAAGAAGCUCCGCAACAAGAUCGCUGGGUAUGUGACCCAUCUGAUGAAGCGCAUCCAGAGGGGUCCUGUCAGAGGCAUCUCCAUCAAGCUGCAGGAGGAGGAGAGGGAGAGGAGGGACAACUACGUCCCAGAGGUUUCUGCUCUUGACCAGGAGAUCAUAGAGGUGGACCCUGACACCAAGGAGAUGCUCAAACUACUGGACUUCGGCAGUCUGUCCAACCUGCAGGUCACCCAGCCAACUGUCGGAAUGAACUUCAAGACACCCAGAGGAGUCUAGGCAUUUGUAAUAUAUCUCUUAAUAAAUACAAAAUGUACAAAAAAAGCAA